AACUUACGGUUUCCUCGUUCAAUUCGCUUUCGGCUUUCCCAGUUGCUAGCCGCACUUUUCUGUUCCUGUUUUAAUUUUACCCGUCUCAAGUGUUAAUUGUCGACAGAAUUGAGUGUUUUGUGUUUUGAAUGUUCCAGGCCGAGCACCAGGUGCCCCCCAGCCAGCGAAGCAUCCGGGCAGAGAGCCCGAAGAUGACCACCAGCCGGCGAGGAUUCAACCCAACCUCGCGGACACGUGCUUGCCAUUCCAGUUCCCGUUGCAGUUCCAGUUCCGCAAGGGAUAACUUACGGCAAAAGGAUCGAACAGAGAAUGGACUCGCAUCCUGGCGAGCUGCUGCACGCCACGUGGCCAUCCCGGUGCUCCUGCUUCUGCUGGGCUUUGGCGGUGCUGCUGCUGCCGCCACGUCGGGAUCAGCGGACACGCGGUGCGAUGCGGGACAAUUCCAGUGCAGAGACGGCGGCUGCAUCUUACAGGCGAAGAUGUGCGACGGACGCGGAGACUGCAAGGACGGCUCGGAUGAAUUGGACUGCGACUACCGACUGUGCCGAGCGCCACAUUGGUUCCCGUGUGCCCAGCCACACGGAGCCUGCCUGGCAGCGGAACUAAUGUGCAACGGCAUCGACAACUGUCCCGGCGGCGAGGACGAGCUGAAUUGCCCUUCCCAUCCAGGAUUGGGAUUCCGAUUGUGGGACACCCCCAGGCGCAUGCGCAACUGCAGCGAGUUCGAGUUCAUGUGCCAGCAAGACCGCACUUGCAUUCCGGCUGACUUCAUGUGCGACGGACGAACGGACUGUGGGGAUAGGUCGGACGAGGUGGCCGGAUGCGAGCAGGCGAAGGCCACAUGCUCCUCCUCGGGCCACCUCUGCGCCAACGGACGGUGCCUGCGGCGGAAGAACUGGGUCUGCGAUGGCGUCGACGAUUGCGGCGAUGGAAGCGAUGAAAGGGGAUGCGCGAACCUUUGUCAACCCGAGAUGGGCAAAUUCCUGUGCCGGAAUCGUGAAACCUGCCUGCAGCUCAGCGAAGUGUGCGAUGGGCACAGCGACUGUUCCGACGGCAGCGACGAGACUGACUUGUGCCACUCCAAACCAGACUGCGACACAAAAAAGUGUCCGCCGGGAGCCAAGUGCCACAUGAUGCCCUCCGGUGGGGCCGAGUGCCAUUGUCCAACGGGAUUCCGGCAGGCCAAAUUCGAGGACAAGUGCGAGGACAUUGACGAGUGCCAGGAGCGCGAUGAUCUGUGCAGCCAGGGAUGCGAGAACACCUCGGGCGGCUAUCGAUGCGUCUGCGAUGCUGGCUAUCUGAUGGCCAGUGAUAAUCGCACCUGUCGCGCCAUCGUUCACGUCUCCAGCGAUCAGCAGCCCCUCCUGCUGUACACCACCCAGAUGACCAUCAUGGGAAUGCAUCUGCACGAGAAUAACCUACGAAACCACAUUUACCCGGUGGCCGGAAAUCUCAGCAAGGUGAUUGGCGUGGCCUACGAUGGCAGUCAUAUCUACUGGACCAACAUCCAGAACGAAGCAGAGAGCAUUGUGAAGGCAAAUGGCGAUGGUUCGCAGGCGGAGAUCCUGCUGACCUCCGGUCUGGAUGCACCGGAAGACCUGGCCGUGGACUGGCUGACGCAGAACAUCUACUUCUCGGACAACAUAAUGCGGCACAUAGCCGUCUGCUCGAACGACGGGCUCAAUUGUGUUGUGCUGAUCACCCAGGAUGUCCACCAGCCGCGAUCCCUGGCCGUUUGGCCACAGCGGGGUCUGAUGUUCUGGACGGAUUGGGGUGACAAGCCCAUGAUCGGGCGCGCCUCCAUGGACGGCAGUAGAUCGCGGCCAAUAGUGAGCGAGAAUAUCCACUGGCCCAACGGAAUUGCACUGGAUAUGCACCAGCAGAGGAUCUACUGGGUGGACGCCAAGUUGGGCAGCGUGCAAACGGUGCGACCCGAUGGCUCCGGCCGACGUACUGUGCUGGAUGGGAUGCUGAAGCAUCCCUAUGGCCUGGCCAUCUUCGAGGAUCAGCUUUAUUGGUCGGAUUGGGCGACGAAAAGCGUGCAUGCGUGCCACAAGUUCUCCGGCAAGGAUCAUCGCAUUCUGGCCAAGGAUCGCACCAUAUACGCCGUGCACAUCUAUCAUCCCGCCAAGCAGCCGAACUCCACGCACGGCUGUGAGAAUGCCCGAUGCUCGCACCUCUGCCUGCUGGCCGAACCCGAGGCAGGUGGUCAUAGUUGCGCCUGUCCGGAUGGAAUGAUAUUAGCACCGGAUAUGCAGCGCUGCAUGCUGAUGGAGAAGCGACAGCGGUUGUAUGUGGGCCUGGGUCAGGUGCUCCUGGAACUCGAGCACACCGCCUUUGGACGGCAUCAGGUUAGCAAGACGUACACCCUGCCCUGUGUGAUCAACGAAAUGGUUUACAACCGCAUCAAUGGGAGUCUGAUAAUAGCGGAUAAUGAUCAGCAUUUGAUUUUGGAGUAUCAGCCGGAGCAUCAAGAGACCAGCGUCCUGGUUCGCUCCAAUUUGGGCAAUGUGAGUGCUCUUUCCUUCGAUCAUCUCAGUCGGAAUCUCUACUGGGCGGAUGUGGAGCGCGGUGUGAUUGAGCUGCUCUCCCUGCAGACGCGACAGCGGGCCCUUAUUCGCUUCUUCCCCGGCCAGGAGUGGCCCAUUGGACUGAGCGUGAUGCCCUCGGAGGGCUAUAUGUAUGUGGUGCUCAAGGCUCGAAGGCACAGGCACAUCGAUAGGAUACCGCUGAGCGGAAAGGGCGAACAGGUGCAUGUAUUCGAGGAUGAUUUGGGAGAUGAUGACAUCAGAUUGGCCGCCGAUUACGAGACACAAACGCUUUUCUGGUCGGACAGCGAUCUGGGCAGGAUUAGCUACUCGAGCUACAAGCAGCCGCAGAGUCAGACCUUCCGGGGCAAGCUGAGGCGUCCCUAUAGCCUGGCUUUAGUCCACCAGGACCUCUUCUGGAGCGAGAUGGGCUCGCCGCGAAUCUUCUGGACGCACAAGAGCAACAUGGGGCCGCGAAAGAUGAUCGAUAUCAUGGGCAGCAGUGAUCCCGACGCCAUUCUGCCGUUUGUACCCAUCGCUGCGCCUAGUCGGAUCCCACUGGCGGCCAGUUCACCCGCGGGACGGGAAUCGCAUCCCUGCCAGCAGCAGAACGGCGGCUGUUCGCACAUCUGCGUGGGCGAGGGUCCCUACCACUCGAUCUGUUUGUGCCCAGCGGGAUUCGUUUACCAAAACGCGGGCAAUCGCAGCUGUGUGGAGGCCCUGGACUGCGAGUUCCGCUGCCGCAGCGGCGAGUGCUUCACCCUGAAUCAUCGGUGCAACGGACGGCAGGAUUGUGUGGACAACUCGGAUGAGUUGGACUGCGACGAGCAGCACCGAAGAAAGCCGAAGGUUCAGUGCUCCCACAGGCAGUUCGCCUGCCACAAUGGCGAGCAGUGCGUGGACAAGGAGCGACGCUGCGACGAUCGCAAGGAUUGCCGGGACCAGUCGGAUGAGCAGCAGUGCGAGAAGUUCGACAAGACCAAGAAGUGCCAUGUCCACCAGCACGCCUGCGACAAUGGCAAGUGCGUGGACACGAGCCUGGUCUGCGAUGGAACCAAUGACUGCGGCGACAAUUCCGACGAGGCCAUGUGCGACUCGGCCGUGGGUUGCGAGGCGGGCAUGUUCCAGUGCGGCAGCGGUUCCUGCAUCGCAGGCAGCUGGGAGUGCGACGGACGGAUCGACUGCAGCGACGGAUCGGAUGAGCACGACAAGUGUGCGCACAGGAGUUGCCCCCCAGACAUGCACCGCUGCCAAUUGGGACAAUGCUUGGAGAGGAGUCUCGUAUGCGAUGGCCACAACGACUGCGGGGAUAAGUCAGAUGAACUUAACUGCAAUCUAGAUACUUCCACGGUGAACAUAUCCUGCCCGGAGGACCAAUAUCAGUGCACGAGCAAUCUGAAGAUCUGUUUGCCAUCCAAUGUGCGUUGCAAUGGCACCACCGAGUGUCCGCGUGGCGAGGAUGAGGCCGACUGCGGCGAUGUGUGCAGCAUCUACGAGUUCAAGUGCCGCUCUGGGAGGCAGUGCAUCCGCCGGGAGUUCCGCUGCGAUGGGCAGAAGGAUUGCGGCGAUGGCAGCGAUGAGUUGAGCUGCGAUCAAGAGAGGAGCAACCACAACCAGAGCCAGAUUCACCCCUGGAGCACUCCACUCCAUCAGCCCUGUAGGCCGCAUCUGUUUGACUGCCAGGAUGGCGAGUGCGUGGACAUGUCGCGGGUGUGCAACAAGUUCGCCGACUGUUCCAAUGGACACGACGAGGGUCCCAAGUGCGCCACGGCCUGCACCACCGAAUCGGGUCGCCCGUUUUGCCAGCACAAGUGCCGAGCCUCGCCCGCCGGCGCCGUUUGCUCCUGCUUCGAUGGCUAUCGCUUGGAUGCGGAUCACAAGAGUUGCUCGGACAUUGACGAGUGCCAGGAGCAGCAGCCAUGCGCCCAGCUGUGCGAGAAUACGCUGGGCGGCUAUCAGUGCCAGUGUCAUGCUGAUUUCAUGCUGCGCCAGGAUCGCAUCAGUUGCAAGAGCCUCCAGUCGAAUGGAGCCACCCUGCUCUUUAGCACCUUUAACGAAGUGCGGAAUAUGAGCGAACAUCCCGUGAUGCUCGGUGUGGCCUGGUCGGCGAAUGAUUCACGGAUCACCGGCUUCGAUGUGGACAUGCAUCGGCAGAUGGGCUACUUUUCCUCCGAGGAUGAGGGCACCCUCUACCAGAUUGAUCUGCAGAAGAAAGUGGUAGUGCGUGCCUUGGGUCUGCCUACGCCCACGAAAGUCUCCCUGGAUUGGGCCACCGGAAAUGUGUAUGUGCUAAGCGGAGCACAGGAGAUCCACGCCUGCAACUUCGAAGCGCGCAUGUGCGGCAGGAUAGUGCGUGUCAAGAGCCCGAAGCAUCUAAAACACCUCGCAGUGGAUGGCUACAACGCCUGGAUCUUCUACAUAGCCAUACGCACGAAGGGAUACGGGCGGACGAGCUCGGAGAUCCACAUGGCCAGGCUGGAUGGCAGUCACAGGGAGAUGCUGAUGCAGAAAACCGAGAGCUUCAUGAUAGUCCUGACCACCGAUCCCCAUCAGCAGAUGCUGUACUACGUGGACCUGCACUCGCGCACGCUGGAGAGGAUUAGCUAUAGAUCGAACUCUGGACCACAACGAAGACCAGAGAUAAUGCUGCAAAAGACCAACGCUUUGAUGCAACCAUCGGGGAUAAGUUUGUACGAGAAUAAUGUGUUCAUUGUGAACCUGGGCUCCGUUGAAGCGGUGCAGUGCGCCCUCUACGGCUCCCGAAUGUGCCAUAAUAUACCCCUCAAUGUGCUGAAUGCCCAGGACAUUCUGGUGACUGGGAAGUCCCGGCAGCCGCAGCGGUCGUCGCAUCCCUGCGAGCAUGCCCACUGCCAUGGGCUGUGCCUGCAGGCGAACUACGGCUACGAGUGCAUGUGCGGCAAUCGAGUGGCGGCCGAGGGCGAACGUUGUCCCCAUGGAGCCUUCAACGAGGUGGUCCUUCAGGCCGGAUCAUCGAACAGCCUGGAGCUGGGACGAGAGCAGGAGCACGCGGGCAACCAUUGGCUAAUGGCGCUACUCGUACUCGCCGCCGGAUCUUUGAUCGCCGGACUCGGGUACAUGUACUAUGAGUACCGGAAACGCGGCCACAAGGAUCUCAAUAUUAACCUGCAUUUCCAGAAUCCGCUGGCGACGCUCGGCGGCCCCAGCACCAAAGCGUUCCUGGAGCACGAACGCGCCGAGCCCGGAGUCGGUUUCACGCCAGGAUCCACGGAGACGGGAUCCAGUCGUGGUAGCAACGACACGUUCACCACCACCAGCGCCUCGUCGCAGCAGUUUAGCGUGCCGAAUGCUUUCCAGAGAUUACUGCGAUCCAGGCAGACGACGUCCGGCGAUCCGAUGGCUCAGGAAUUGCUUCUCGAGAGCCCCAGAGAAAGCAACCUACACUCGCUGGACGGCGGACGGCAAGGAGGCGGAGGCGGUCGGCAGAUGCCCAACAUCCUGGUGGAGGGCGUUAACGAUGAUUCCGCCCAUGCAGUCGGACAAUUCGGCUGAAGUCUCGCAGGCAAUGAUGCGAAUGAGCGACUUGUGUCGCAAUCGGUGAUUGGUGUUUAUUAA